AUGGGUUUGGAUGAGAUAUCUUCAUGUGUGAAUCGAUUUAGAGCUUCGACAAAUUCAUACUUGUCUCAGUUCGAGCCCGUCGUGCUCGUUCUCGUUCCUAUUUUCACUCUUCUCUUCGCGCGAACUGUGCAGUCGUGUUUCCGGUUAGUCUCCGAGAAAGGCCUGAAACCUCUGAUUCUGGAGUUCCUCAUCACAUCCGUCAAGUUGGUACCUGGUGCGCAAAAGUACAUCGACGCUGAAAAGCAAAAGGUUGUGGAUAAGUUACAGGGGUCUGGUAAAUCAAAUAGAGAUGGUUGGAGGACUGAGUUGCCCAUGGCAGGUUUGGGAGUUGAGGUCAUCAAUAAGAUGAAAGAUGAUAAACAAAAGGAUGUGGCGUGGCAGGGAAGAUGCUCUGGUACCGUCUAUAUUGCAGGAAACGAAAAGGAAGGGCACUUUUCUGUGGUUAAUGAGGCAUACACAACGUUUGCACAUACUAAUCCUCUGCAUCUCGAUGUUUUCCCAAGUGUUGUAAGAUUUGAGGCAGAAGUCGUGAAAAUGACAGCUGCAUUACUUGGAGGUAACGAAAGGGCUUCAGGCAGACAAGUAUGUGGAAAUAUGACAUCGGGAGGGACAGAAAGUAUACUGUUGGCAGUGAAAACAUCACGUGACUAUAUGAAAGCUAUGAAAGGGAUAACUAGUCCUGAAAUGGUUAUACCGGUUUCAGCUCAUUCAGCUUAUGACAAGGCUGCACAAUAUUUCGGAAUCAAAUUGUGGCGUGUACCUGUGGACCAAGAUUUUCGGGCUGAUGUUAAAGCGAUCAGACAACAUAUAAACAGGAAAACAAUAUUGGUUAGACUUGAGGCCCCAAUUUUUCAUCUUGAUCUUGGUGAGUUAGCUUCCACUUAUGGAAUUUGUCUGCAUGUCGACCUUUGCCUUGGUGGAUUUGUUUUGCCGUUUGCUCGUAAGCUUGGAUACACCAUACCACCAUUUGAUUUCUCUGUUAAAGGAGUAACCUCUAUAUCUGUGGAUGUACACAAGUAUGGGCUGGCUCCUAAAGGAACAAGUGUGGUCUUGUAUAGGAAUCGUGACUUACGGAAGCAUCAAUUUGUUGCUGUCACUGAAUGGACUGGUGGACUUUAUAUAUCUCCAACAAUUGCUGGGAGCAGGCCGGGGGGUCUGAUUGCUGGGGCGUGGGCAGCAAUGAUGUCUCUUGGUCACGAAGGAUAUCUGGACAACACAAGGAAGAUUAUGGAAGCUUCAAAGCGAAUAGAAAAAGGAGUCCUGGAGAUUCCAGAAUUGUUCAUUAUUGGAAGGCCCGAUAUGACAAUUGUGGCUUUUGGAUCUGACAUUAUGGACAUAUUUGAAGUGAAUGAUAUUAUGUCAUCAAAAGGAUGGCAUUUGAAUGCCCUACAGAGGCCUAACAGCAUUCAUAUCUGCGUGACCCUUCAACAUGUGAGUGUCGUUGAAGAUUUCCUGAGGGAUCUGCGAGAUUCUGUGCAAACUGUUAAGGAAAAUCCGGGUCCAGUUAAUGGAGGACUUGCUCCGAUAUAUGGUGCUGCUGGGAAAAUGCCAGAUAGAGCUCUGGUUCAAGAUUUGCUUGUCGAUUUCAUGGACAGUGCAUGCUAA